AUGGGACCUCCAGUGCCGCCUCGCCUCGGCACCGGCGUAUCGCCGCCGCAUCGCCGCCACGCCGCCUGGCCGCCAUUACGCCGUCAGACCGGAGCCGCGCCCCAUCAGCGAGUCAUCGUCGCCGCAAGGCCGCCUCCCCGCCUCGCCUCCUCGUCGGCGCGUCGUCGCCGCAUCGUCGCCGCGUUGUCCGCCGCCUGCCACAUCGUCGCUUGCCGCAUCGCACCCUCGUCGCCGCCUCGUCGCCGCCUGCCGCAUCGCCGCCUCAUCUCCCUCGCCUCCACCGCCGCCAAAGCCGGGGACAGGGACGAACCUGCUGGUUACCCACACCCGCCACCUCCUAACUACUCUGGUCCCUCCCCAGCCCCUCUACCAGUCAACCCUCCCUCACCCUCUCUCCCGUCCUUCAAUCCCCGUCAAUCUCCCGCCCCCCUGUCUCCCUCAAUUCCCCCUCCAACCCCAUCAGUCCCGUCCCUCAUUCCCUCCAAUUCUCCCUUCUCUUCCCUCCAGGUCCCCACUAUUUGCUCUCCAUCUCCGACCAUGCGUGCCUUCAUUUCCCCCACUGCUACCCCUCUCUUCCCCCCCUGCUACCCCUCUCUUCCCCCCCUGCUACCCCUCUCUACCCCCACUGCUACCCCUCUCUUCCCCCCCUGCUACCCCUCUCUACCCCCACUGCUACCCCUCUCUACCCCCCCUGCUACCCCUCUCUUCCCCCCCUGCAUUCCAUCCCUACUUCUUGCUCUGUCCUCCCUUCCCAUCUCCCUCCCCCCUUCCCAUCCAUACUCCCCACUACGCAUUGUGCAGGGUGAAGCCGUGUCUUUUGAAGUCGGGCGGCGCAGAGUGUGUGGCACCACACAAACUCUCCUCCCACACUGCUCGCUCCCCUUUCUCCCCUUGUGCCCCAUCUCUCUCCCCCCUCCUCCCCCCACCUUAUCUUGGCUCGCUCUUGCCUUAGGAGGCGUGUCUACCCAAGCCCCAGGAACUACUGACAGUGAAACCACCAGCGCGAUGGUGGGCUUCGGAAGGAGGACAUCGACAACAACUCCUAUCCCCUGA